UUUUCCUCUGCACCUACGAACGGUCUUCCCCCCUCCAAAAAUGCUGGUCCUAUACGAGACCGCGCUCGGAUACUGCCUCUUUAAGGUAUCCGAUGCCUCCAAGAUUGAGAACGCGGAGACGUCCGACCUCUGGAAUGAGUUCGAGACGCCAGAGCGGGCGAGCAAGUUUCUUAAGCUGAAGGCGAUCCACCGAUUUACCUCGACGGCGACGGCGGUUGAGGAUAUUACCGCGCUGCAGAGUGGGAAGCUCGGGAAGGGGCUGAAGAGCUUCAUCCAGGACGAGGUCGUGGCGAAGGGCAAGACGAAGGAGCCCUUGGUGGUCAUUGAGCCGAAGUUGGCUCACUCGAUCAACAAAAAGUUCAGCGUGAACGCGCAGGCGCUGAUGGAGGGCUACCAGAUGGAUCUAUGGCGAGGGAUUCGCCACCAGCUGGGCUCAUUACUGGAGGGCCUUGACCCGAAGGAUCUGGCGACCAUGAGCUUGGGCUUAAGUCAUUCUUUGUCGAGAUUUAAGCUCAAGUUCUCCCCCGACAAGGUGGACACGAUGAUUGUCCAGGCCAUCGCACUGCUCGACGAUCUCGAUAAGGAGAUCAACAUUUACGCGAUGCGCGUCAAGGAAUGGUACGGCUGGCACUUCCCCGAAAUGGCCAAGAUCAUUACGGACAACAUCGCGUACGCAAAGGUCAUCCGGCACAUGGGUUUCCGCACGAACGCGGCUACCACUUCCUUCGCCGCGCUCCUCCCCGAGGACCUCGAGGCCGUACUCAAGGCCGCCGCCGAGAUCUCGAUGGGCACGGAAAUCUCGGACUCUGACAUCGCGCACAUCAACUCUCUCUGCGACCAGGUCAUCUCCAUCUCCGCGUACCGCCAGCAACUUUCGGAGUACUUGCGCAAUCGCAUGAACGCGAUCGCGCCGAACCUCACCGCGCUUGUGGGCGAGCUCGUCGGCGCGCGCCUUAUCAGCCAUGCGGGCAGCUUGCUGUCCCUCGCGAAGCACCCGGCCAGUACAGUGCAGAUCCUCGGCGCGGAGAAGGCGCUUUUCCGUGCGCUCAAGGCGAAGCACGACACGCCCAAGUAUGGGCUGAUCUACCACGCGUCGCUCAUCGGGCAGGCGCCGCCGAAGCUCAAGGGCAAGAUGGCUCGCAUGGUCGCGACGAAGGCGGCGCUGUCGAUCCGCGUGGACGCGCUGACGGACGCGGAGGGCAAGUCGGAGGCGGAGGCCUCGGCGAUCGGCGUGGAGAACCGGGCGAAGCUGGAGUCGCGGUUGCGCGCGCUGGAAUACCAGAACGACUUGGGUGGCGCGCGGCGAUUUGCAGACUCGGGACGGAAGCAGCAGAAGGGCUUCCAGAUGUCGGGCGAGACGAAGACGUACAACACGCAGGCGGAUGCGGUGGACUUGGUGCCGGCGCAACGCGAGGACCCGAAGGCGCUGGCGCAGCAGGCGCAGGACAGUGUGAAGGAGGACAAGCGCCGGGCGAAGGAGGAGAAGAAGGCAAAGAAGGCAGCGAAGAAGGCGAAGAAGGAGGAGAGCGACGAGAGCGAGGCGGACGAGAACGCGAUGGACGUCGACGAGGACGAGGAGACGAAGCGCAAACGGGAGAAGAAGGAGAAGAAGCGCAAGCGGAGAGAGAGCGAGGCGGUGAGCGCGGUGGCGAGCUCACCAGUGAAGGGCGAGGAAGAGUCGAAGGAGGAGCGCAAGGCACGGAAGAAGGCGGAGAAGGAGAAGAAGGCAGCAGCAGCUGGCGCUACCGCAGAUGCCGACGCACCCAAAAAGAAGAAGAAAAAGGCCGAGUCAUAGCCUGUCUUCUACAGACAUUUCUACUUAUCUAUAUCGUGUAUUUCUGUUCUUGUAUCGGUCUAAUGUCUAUCUCCCUGCUUCAUCUCGGAA